GGGUACGAUGUGCGCGGCGCAUGCGCGCUCCCGCGCCCGCUCGGCGAAGGUUCCGGAGCUCGCGCGCGCCCCCGCCCCGCCCGCGCCGCCGCCGCCGCCGCUGUCACCGCCGCCCGGCUCCGGUGCGGACUCCCCCUGCGCGGCAGGUGUUUCCAGGCACGCUGUGUGGCAUCCCCUGCCUUGGAGCAGUUAAAGCCGUGAAGAGCAGGAGCAGCUUGUUCCAGGUAACUUUGCUGAGAGAUGGCGGAGCACCGUCAGGACGUCACCAUGAUGGAGGAUCAUGCAGCUGCUCAGGAGAAGCACAUCCCAUCAGGCUAUCCCCUUCAGAUACCAGUUGAUGAUGGAUCAGAUGAGCCUGUUUCUGAAACAUCUGACGCUAAGAGCACCCCAACUACGGAAGAUGCCACAGCACCUUUAGUGGAGGAAGGAGACCACGAGGAUCAGGGUGGUGUCGAGCAGCACGGGGAGAUCCCAGAAGGAACCACAGCUGAAGAGGCAGGUGUAGGAGCCACUCCCAACCUGGAGGACCACGCUGCAGGAGAUGCCACUCAAGCUCCGGGGGAGCCAAGCUCUGCAAAGCCACAGCCUGGCCCCCAGGAGCCUGUGGGAGGUGUGAUGAAAGGAGGAAGCCAGCCCACAAAGCAGGCAGCUGGGGCUCUCCAGCAGCCUCUGCUGCCACCUGAAACAAAGGCUACAACAGCAGCUCCCACCAGAAUCGAGGUCACCAUCCCAAUACCCCUGGAUAUGUACCAAGACUCCAGAGCAUCCGAAGACAAGAGUGAGUUGUGGGAUCAUCGAGGCAGAGAAGGCAUUGGUGUAGAUCCGGCGCUGGGAGCAGAGCUGGGUCCUGAGGUGCACACUGAGGGGUUGGCAGGAGCUGGUGGCACAGAGGAGACCCAUAUUAAAGAUGGGCCAUCUCCUUUAUGUACCAGAGCCCCAUUAAAAGAAGAUGCCAGUGGACAGGAGAGAGAUGAAGACCGUGACAUUGAUGAAAUGUCUGAGCAGGGUUUGCUUUCUCUGGUGGCUCAGCAUGAAAUGGGCUUGUGUCCAGCAGCUAAGGAGGCUCUUAAAGAAGACAAGUCCAAGGGUGUCCUCAGAGACAUCCCAAGAGAGGCACUUCUUGUUGAAGCUGAAUCACAUAAAGCAGAAGACCAAGAGGAGAGGAGACAGCCACUGGGAGAUGAAGAAGGUAGAGAUGUCUCCCCAUCAGAGCCUUCAGAAGUCAUCUCCCAAACAGAAGCUGAGCCCAGGGAGGGAGAAGAUUCUGGACCCACAGAGAUAAAAGAUGAUGUGCAAGGCAAAGAUGCUCCUUUGGAAGAGGUUCUGCCAGGUACAGGAGAACGUCAAACACCCAAGAAGAAACCUCCUGCCCAUGUUGCAGAUAAAGCCACCAGUCGUGUCCCUCUCCUCAAAGGUCGUAUUGACAGCAAAGACAAGGAAGGGACUGAAGCUGAGGAAAAGAAACCGAAGAACUCCUCACCCUGCACUGCCAAACCCCCAGGGGAUAGACCCUGCAUCCCCCCCCAACGACACACCUCCUCUAGCACAACCCCUUCGAAAACACCCUUCAGCCCUGCUUCCACCUCUAAACGAGCCUCUUCUGUCACAUCCCGAGCUGCCAGUACAGGAACACAAGAAAGGAAAGCCAAGGGCUCAGAGAUGAGAGGUGGCACGAAGGCCACGCCACGGUCUGGAGCCGGGCAGGCUCAGAGGAACUCCACCAAUGCCACGCGCAUCCCAGCAAAGACCCCCACGGCCCCUAAGACACCCCCCAGCUCCGGCAGAAAGGAGCAGAAAAAACCACCUCCUGCAGCAGCAAAGUCCGAGAAAGGUGAGCAGCCAAAGUCUGGAGACAGAAGCGGUUACAGCAGUCCCGGCUCCCCCGGGACUCCCGGCAGCCGUUCCCGCACUCCCUCUCUGCCCACCCCACCAGCCAGGGAGCCCAAGAAGGUGGCAGUGGUCCGCACACCACCCAAAUCUCCUGCCUCUGCCAAGAGCCGCAUCCAGCCGUCAGCCGCGCCUAUGCCGGACCUCAAAAACGUCAAGUCCAAAAUCGGCUCCACUGAAAACCUGAAGCACCAGCCCGGAGGUGGCAAGGUGCAGAUUAUUAAUAAGAAGCUGGACUUUAGCAGCGUUCAAUCCAAGUGUGGCUCAAAGGAUAAUAUCAAACACAUCCCGGGAGGAGGCAGUGUGCAGAUUGUUAAUCAGAAGUUGGACUUUAGCAGCGUUCAAUCCAGGUGUGGCUCAAAGGAUAAUAUCAAACACAUCCCGGGAGGAGGCAGUGUUCAAAUCGUUUACAAGCCAGUCGACCUGAGCCACGUGACAUCCAAAUGUGGUUCCCUGGGCAACAUCCAUCACAAACCAGGCGGUGGCCAGGUGGAGGUGAAAUCUGAGAAACUGGACUUCAAAGAUAAGGUGCAGUCGAAAAUCGGGUCCUUAGAUAACAUCAGCCACGUCCCUGGAGGAGGAAAUAAAAAGAUUGAGACCCACAAGCUGACCUUCCGCGAGAACGCCAAAGCCAAGACCGACCACGGCGCCGAAAUCGUGUACAAGUCCCCCACCAUCUCCGGAGAUGCCUCCCCGCGCCGCCUUAGCAACGUCUCCUCCACCGGCAGCAUCAACCUGGUGGACUCCCCGCAGCUCGCCACGUUAGCCGACGAGGUGUCCGCUUCGCUGGCCAAGCAGGGCUUGUGAUCGCGGCCCGGCGGGCAGAGAGGAGGGGAGACGACGAGAGAGAAAAGAAAUAAGAAAGGAAAACAAAACAUAAUAAUCUGGCCUUCUUCCUCUGUUCCUUUUACAGCUGCUUCCCCCCCGUCCCCCCACUGGUUAAUGAUUUAACCUGCUUUUACUGUUCAUUCAGCUCUAGCUCCAGGACUUCAAAAUCAGUGACACUAUGAGGUAGAAAACCUCCUCUCCCCCUGCUCCUCUGAGCGCACAGCCCCUGCCCCUCCCUGCUCCCCCCUGUGAGGUCCCUCAGCCCCCUGUAAGCUCCCCUGACCCCCUGCGAGGUCCCUCGCAGCCCCAGCCCCGGCAGGGACCGUGUUCACCACCCCAGAACGCAGGGAGGGGAUGGAGGGGCUGACCCGACCCCCCCCCUGUGCCGCAAUGGGGUCCUCAUGGGAAGGGGAUGUCGCCUGCCCACUGCUGCCCGGGCUGGAGGGCCGGCCUGCAGGCAGCACAGGCAGGGCUGUGGGUGCCGCAGCCGGGAGGUGCCCUCCCUUCCCGCAUUAAAUUUGCCUGCUGAUUUGGAAGAACCCGUUUGUUUCCCCCCUGCAAGCCGAGCUGUGGAUGAAGGUAAUGCCAGGCACCCCCAGCCCCGCUCCCAGCUCCGGCAGCUGGAGUCCCGCUUGGCACCGGGGUGGCCCCUUGCGGAAGCGGCCCCGCUCGGCCCCUUCCCCUCUCCGUGGCCGUGCUGGAACCGCUGAGUGGAUGAGUAGAGGCUUUCCCCCCUAAUUCCUUUGGCAGCCCCUCGUGUCGUAGAGUAGAUUUGUCUGUAGCUGCUUGGACCGUGCAGGGUGAUUGUUUUCCUGAACGAGCAUGUGUUUCAGAUAAUGCUAAUAAACGCUGUCAGUGGUUGUGA